AUGAACGGUUCUCCAGAAUAUUCCACAUCAAAGUCGACUGUUACUAGACCUUUAAUACAUUCUUCGACGACAGAAAUAUCUCAUGCCAUUGACCAUUCAAUUGAUGAAAAUAUCUUUCCCGUGGCUCAGACUUCAGAUGAAGAGAUAUAUUUCCAAACAAAUCCUGCACCAAGUUAUUUACCAGAACUGAUUAGCAAUGCUGAAAGUUUUCUUCAUUUGCAAAAAUCAUUAAGGAGAGAUAAAGUAGUGCUUGUUACAUCUGGUGGUACUACUGUUCCUCUAGAAAACAAUACGGUUCGUUUCAUUGACAAUUUCUCGGCUGGUACUCGUGGUGCAUCUAGCGCUGAACAAUUCUUAGCUGCCGGUUACAGUGUUAUAUUUUUAUACAGAGAAUUUUCCCUAGUACCAUAUAAUAGAUUAUUCACACAUAGUAUGAAUACUUUAUUUUUGGAUUAUAUUGACGCAAAAGGUCAAAUAAAACCGGAAUUCCAAGAAAAGGUUGUUAAAACAAGGGCUUUGUAUGAAGAAUAUUUGAAUGAAGAAAAAAGAUUAUUAAUAUUACCAUUCACUACUGUUAACCAAUAUUUGUAUUCAUUGAGAGCUAUCAGUGAGCUAAUGAACUCACCAGGCAGUUUAUUCUAUCUAGCUGCUGCCGUAAGUGAUUUUUUCAUUCCUUAUUCUGAUUUACCUAAACAUAAGAUUCAAAGUAGAGACUAUAGUAACUCAUCCGACGCAUCUAAUGACUCAAAAUCGACUGAUUCAGAAAUCCUAACAGGAUCCAAGGCAAAGGCAGUCACGACCCCAGAUGGUAGAUUGUUAAUAAGUUUAAAUCCAGUCCCUAAAUUCUUAAAGAGACUUGUUGAAGCCUGGGCUCCAAAAGGUAUGCUUGUCUCUUUUAAAUUGGAAACAGAUGAUACAAUUUUAAUUCAAAAGGCUACUACUGCAUUGGACAAAUAUGGCCAUCAGCUGGUGAUCGGAAACCUAUUACAAACAAGAAAUACUGAAGUAGUCUUCGUCUCUCCUAGUAACAGAGAUGGCUAUUGGGUUAGACUUGAUAAGACUCAAAAUAAUUCUAUUGAAGAAUUAAUUAUCCCUGAAGUGAUUAAACAUCACAAUAAAUGGAUUCUAAAGACAACUCAUUAA